AUGCUCGGCGCCGUGAAGAUGGAAGGCCACGAGGCGCAGGACUGGAGCACGAGCUUCUACGGGGACGAGGUCUACUCUCCCAUGUCCAACAGUUUACCCGGUUCCCUCCAGAUGCCCUCCCUUUGUCUGGGGGCAGGGCUCAUGUCCCCUAUGUCUCAGAUGCCCUCCCACAUGUCCUCCAUGUCCGUGCAGAUGCAGCCCAUGUCUCAGAUCUCGUCUCAGAUCUCGUCUCAGAUCUCGUCUCAGAUGCAGCCUGUGUCCUACAUGUCCACUGCGAGUUCUCAGUCGUUCAGUUACUGCGAGGGGCCACAGGGAGGCGCUCUGAGCCCGGCGUACGGCGGCGUCAGCUCGUACGGCAGUAACAGACGUGAUGCUAAGUCGUUCCGGCGCAGCUAUCCUCACGCCAAACCUCCGUACUCGUACAUCUCGCUCAUCACCAUGGCGAUCCAGCAGGCGCCCAAUAAGAUGCUGACGCUGUCGGAGAUCUACGCCUGGAUCAUGGAGCUGUUUCCGUUUUACCGCCAUAACCAGCAGCGCUGGCAGAACUCCAUCCGCCACUCUCUCUCCUUCAACGACUGCUUCGUCAAAGUGUCACGUUCGCCCGAGAAGCCCGGGAAGGGUUCCUAUUGGACGCUGCACCCCGACUCCGGAAACAUGUUUGAAAACGGCUGCUACCUGCGCCGCCAGAAACGCUUUAAGUGUGACAGGAAGCUGAAGGGUAGCCCCGCCCCCAACACCAAUAACCCCAACGCCCCCAACACCGGUAACCACGCCCCCGAGCAGCUUCCCGCCCACAAUGCCCCUCUGCCCGCCCACAGCGCCCCUCUGCCCGCCCACAGCGCCCCUCUGCCCGCCCACAGCGCCCUGGAGCUGAAGGAUGACCCCCGCUUCGCCUUCGAUCACCCCUUCUCCAUCCACAGCCUGAUGUCACACGGCGCCAACGCAAACGCCAACGGCUACGGCGGCCGCGGUCUGGAGCUCGACGCUAACUACUACAGCGCCCCCUACCCCCGGACUCUGCUCCACAGCUCCUAG